AUCAAACUGAAUAUGAGCUGAGAGUGGACGAGCUUUUCUGACCACGUAUUUGCUGAGAUUGGACCAGCUGGCUAUUCUGACGCUGCACAACCCAAACGGUUCAUCACUGUGUGCUCUGUCUGGUUCUGGAGGCACAGAUCCAAACAAACUGGGGGCGAAAUCCACAUUGGAGGAUGCUGUCAGUGUCGUCGAAUCCUUGGACAUUUUACUCUACGAGGCACACAAGCAGCUGUUUUUGAGCAGUGCCUGGAACUUUGUGCUGCAGCACGUUACGGCUCAGCUCUACCUCCACGUGGCCACGCUUGUGCUGAAGAUGCCUGUGAAGGUGAGCUACGACUGGCAGGAGGCACAGUGCUGGGCUGCAUCUUUGCUAGAGCGUGCUUACAGUGCACAUCCUCCGUGUGCACUGUCCCAGGAAGAUUGGUUCCUAGAAUUAAAUUCAGAGAAGCGGAACCUUUAUCACAAGGUCUUUCUACGAGCACAUCACCGGCUCUCUGUUUCAGGUCACAUACUUCAUGUUCUUUGCAAUGCCGAAGACAAGAGUAGCUGGCUUGCUGACGUAAAGAAGGAAGCAUGCUCCUUUGAGGUUCGAAAGAGGAUUUACACCGGCAUUUUUAAUGGAAAAGGUAGCACUUCGUGGUUCCUGCAGGACACAAGUUUUGUCAAUUCUGCUGCUGAAUUUCCCUCUCUUGCAGCUCUUCACAAACAUGACCAAGAGUCACAGCGGUUGCAUGCUGCGUCUCUUGACCAUCUAGUCUGGUUGAAGCUCCAGUGGAGUUCUCUGCAGGACAAAAAGUGCGGGGAGACCGGGCAGCCCUUUGAGGUGCAAGUGUUCGAAGCCCUCCCAUUGGAGCCACCAUCAUUCAGGUCUGGGGCUGUCGAAACAUUGAGUCAAGUUGACGUGCUGGCAUUUCUGGAAGCAACCUGCUAUUGUGCGAGCGAAGCUCUGAAGCGCAAGGCCUUUCGUCCCGGCCAGGGGCCCCUGGCACUCCCACCUCACGUAGGGAUGCAGCUGUGCACAGGCCCUCAGGCUCGCUGGUGGAGGGCUGCAUACCACACAAAUGCCAGGCAUGCCUUGAGCAAGAAGGUUGAUCUCAGGUGCAUAAUGCAGAGAGGGCUGGAAGUUGUUCGGGCAAUAGGAAAUCAUGGCAUGGACCUUAUUCUAGUUGUUCACCUGGCUAGGACUUUCUCCAAGAAGUCUUCACUCAGUUGUGCUGACGGCCUGGAGGAAGAAGCGAAGGCCUUUGAAAAUCAAGCAAAACACUACUGGGAGGCUGUGCUCUCCAAGAUUGAAUCACGCUGCAUCACCUUGAAUCCAGUGAUGCCAUCAGGCCGUCUGUUCUGCGUGCCAGGUAGCUAUGCUUUGAACAGCAUGCAGGAGUUGAAACAGAUCCAGCAGGAGGCACGGAUGUUCCUCGCCCUGAAUGCCAUGAAUGCUGGCUGCCUGGACAAGGCAGCCAAGAUGUUUUCAGGCCUAACCUCCUGCACGGGCUGCAUAUUACACAGCACUUGUGAUGGAGAAGAUGGCUGAGCACGAAUCUCCCCAUCGAAGCGCACAGUACGCCUUGCAGCGAAAGGAACAGGUGGCACUAAAACUUGC